UCAAUUUCACGGUCGACGCGAUCCCCGGCAGCUGGCACCUACCAAAACCUAGGCAGUUUUCUCUCUCCAUCCAAUCCGCCCUUCCCGACCCAGCCGAAAGGGACCCUUAUCAGAAGACAACGUUGGAACUUUAACUCCUCCCUCUUUGAUUGUCUAUCUAAUACUUGACCUCUUUAUCUGAUACUGACUUAGUAGUAUCUUACCUUCUACAUACACGUUAUUGACUUGGGAGCUCACUCGUCUAGCCCAUCGUCUUCCACAUUCUUUCAUGGAGGGUUAUCAUACCACACCUAUCUAAAUAUCACACCACGAAAAAAAGUCACCGAGUAACUUAUUACGCCACUUGUGCAUUUCAGCUGGGCGCUAACCUACGAGCAUCUUCUCAGCCUUUUAUCAACAUAUUAAUAAAUCCCUGGGAUCAAAUAUCAUCUACUCUCCCUUUUCCGCCCCUCGCCGCCUUUGAGAGUAGUCGUCAUCAUGUCUGAAAGAAGAACCAGGCGGCAGGCCGCUCUGGCAGCAGCCGCAGCCGCAAACGAUACUCCUACCAAAUCUAACAACCACGACGACGUCGCCCUAAACAGCGACGGUAUAAGCAACGACGGGAAUGGCCUGGCUGUUGCGCCUUCAGAUUCUAAAGUUGAUAACUCUCCGCGGGAGAACAUAUUCAUAUUUUGGCCCAACAUCAUAGGCUAUUCUCGUAUUGUUCUCGCUAUUGCGUCUCUAUACUACAUGCCCCUACACCCUCGCACGUGCUCGCUACUGUACAGUGUCUCGUGUCUUCUCGAUGCCCUCGAUGGCUAUGCCGCUCGCUAUUUCGAGCAGUCGACCAAGUUUGGCGCCGUCCUAGACAUGGUAACAGAUCGGUGUACCACUUCGUGCUUGCUCGUCUUCUUGUCCUCCGCCUUCCCGCGAUGGGCUAUCGUGUUCCAGGGAUUAAUUUCCGUCGACUUUGCCAGUCAUUAUAUACAUAUGUAUGCGACGCUAGCUAUGGGAGGUUCUGAUUCCAGCCACAAGAACGUAGACAAGUCGAGGAGCUGGUUGUUGAACUUAUACUAUACCAAUAAGACUGUUCUCUUCAUAUGCUGCGCGCUCAACGAAGUCUUCUUUAUUGCUUUAUACCUCCUCUCCUUUUCAUCGCCCCUUUUAUCACCACAGUUACUCGAGCCCCUCGGUGAGACCAGGGCUAGCGCCAUCCAAACUGGGGCGCAAGUUAACAGCUCAAUGCUCCGCCAGCUGUUUACCAACCCUUACAGCGCUGGUGCUCUGGAGAUGGCGCGCGCGAACAAGAUGGAUUCCACUUUCCCUUGGAUUCUCGCCGGGGUUAGCGCCCCCGUCAUGGCGCUGAAGCAAUUCCUCAACGUCGUUCAGCUUGUCAAGGCAUGUCGAUGGCUAGCUGAAGGCGAUGUCGAUGCGAGAAAAAAGGCGGGUCUGCCAAGGAAGAAGAGUGAAUAGAGCGACAUUCACGAGACGGAGACGGAGACGCUCAAAGAUGAUGAGGGCUGGGGUGGCGGUGGAUUAGGAUCUCGGGAUGAACCUGAAGACGA